AUCGAAUUUAUGCUGUUUCACGACGAGAUGCGUGCCAUCAAAAUUAGGCAAUUUUUUGCUUAGUAAUUAAUCUUAAUUAUGAAAAGAUUCACCUAAUUUGACCGAUGUAAUUAUGCAUUGUAUACAUACUUAAACCACAGAUCCGAUACAACCAUAUCCAACAUCGGGUCUGCGAUUCUAAUGUCGAACAUUGGAAUUCAUUUUAUGAAGCGCUGAAAACCCUUUGAAGCAAAACCAGAACCGUAAUCAUAUGAGUGAAGAUAAUUCAACUGCCACACAAUAGUCUUCGAGAAGAAAGAGCACAUCCCUCCGACAAUUUUCCGAUUAAUAAAUUCAACAUGAUCUGUGAAGGUUCUUUAGACCAUCAUUAUUUUCUUCCCUCUGAAAUCGUAAGUCUCCACACGAUUUGAAUAGGACAAGAAAUGUAAUUUACCUGCAUCAAAGCUCUUUUACUCUCUACUCUUUACCAGUCAUUACUCCAGUUUUUCCUCUUUCAUUUCUUUGUUUUCUCGUGAAACCAUGAUCGUUUAUCCAAUUUCGAUAAGUAUUUCUGGUCAACUAAACUAAAUUUCGUAACGGCGAGUCGUGUACGAACAUGCUGAAAACGUUUCGAAGCUGUUUUUGCUCAGACGGCCGGACUAAACAGAAGAUAUGACAUCGGAACAAGCCGACGAUACUAGGCUCUAUGAGGCUGAGCCACAGGCGGAAAAGGACGAUGUCGGCGUCCCGCUCACCGAGAAAACAUCUGAGGACAAUGCGCUGGAAAAGAAGGGCUAUCGACUCAUGGAGCUCAUCGGACUCGGAUCCUACGGGAAAGUGCGACUGGCCGAGUUCAAGCACUACCGCGGCGGCGCAACCGAGACCCUCGCUUGCAAAAUCGUCAACAAGAACGAGUGUCCGAAGGAAUUCGUCCGGAAAUUCUUUCCCCGCGAACUCGACAUCAUCGUCACCAUGGACCACGCCAACAUCAUCCGAGUGCACAGCAUCCUACUCCGCGAGCCCAAGAUCUACAUCUUCAUGCAACACGCGCAGUUCGGCGACAUGCUCGAGUACAUAAUGAAAGUGGGAGCAUUGCCCGAAGGACAAGCCCAGGUCUGGUUCAAGCAGCUCAUUGGCGGACUCAUCUACUGCCACGAACGCAACAUUGCGCAUCGGGAUCUCAAGUGCGAGAACGUUCUCAUCACGGCCAACUGGAACAUCAAGCUCACGGAUUUCGGCUUUGCGAGGCGCACCAAGAAUCCCGACGGCACCGAUGUCCUCAGUGAAACCUACUGUGGCUCAGCUGCCUAUGCUGCACCCGAGGUCAUUCGUGGGCAGAGAUACGACCCGAAAAACUCGGAUAUCUGGUCGACGGGGAUCAUACUCUACAUUAUGCUCAACGGCUCUAUGCCUUUCAGCGACGGGAACAUCAAGAAGCUCUUGGAAGACCAGGAAAAUGGACGAUGGGAGAUGCGUGCUCGGGUCGCGGCCAAGACGUCGCAACACGUCAAGACUUUGCUCAAGAAAAUCUUGGAACCUGUUAUCCCGGCCAGGAUAAGCUUGAGACUCAUUGGCGAGGACGAAUGGUUGACUGACGAAAUGCAAGAGCAGCUUUACAAAAGCUGGACCAAGAUGAUUGAGGCGAAUAAGAAAGUCGACCGAGAAGGACAUCAUCUUGACGAUGUACACCGACCCGUUGAAACCUGUGCAAAACAGAAGGACGCCCACGAUCACUCAACUGGGACGAAGUGUUCACGAAGGCCGUCUGAGGAAAUUGCGCUUGGGAAGAAGGGCUACGUUUUGGGCGAUAAAAUUGGCGAGGGCUCAUACGCUGAAGUUUGCCUGGCGGAAUUCCAUAAAGUUGACAAGAUUCAAGUGCUGGCUUGCAAAAUCGUAGACCGGUCGAAAUGCCCAAAGGAAUUUGUCAAGAAGUUUUUUCCCCGGGAACUCGAGAUAAUCAAGAGUCUCGAUCACCCGAACAUUGUCAGAAUUCACAGCAUUCUCGAACGCCACCAACGAAUUUAUAUUUUCAUGCAGUAUGCUGAAAAUGGAAAUUUACUGGACCAUGUCAAGAGAACUCUCGGCCUUUCCGAACCUCAGUCACACGUUUGGUUCAAGCAGCUUGUUGGAGGGUUACUUUACCUGCAUCAGCGAGACAUCGCACAUCGGGACUUGAAAUGCGAGAAUAUUUUGAUCACUGGAAAAUGGAACAUAAAAAUCGGCGAUUUCGGAUUCUCAAGAAGGUGCACGAGUGAAUCAGGAAAGCGGUGUUUGAGUGACACGUAUUGCGGGUCAGUGGCUUAUGGUGCACCCGAAGUGAUACGCGGGGAGCCGUACAACCCGAAAAUGUCCGACAUUUGGUCCCUCGGCGUGAUUUUGUACAUAAUGCUGAACGGUUCAAUGCCGUUCGAUGACACCAAGGUCCGCAAAUUGCUUCGAGACCAAGAGAAACGGAAUUGGUCUUUCCGGAGCAGGGUCAAGGAUAAGUUAUCGCAUCAGGUGAAAACCUUAGUGGUUCGGAUGCUGGAGCCCGAUUUGACCAAGCGGAGUCCGCUGUGGCAGGUCGCCAACGACGUUUGGCUGAGCAGCGAAAUGGAGAAGCUUUUGUGGGCGAAUACGCCAGUGUUGCGUCCGGCGGCGUUCGCGGCGGACGUUCGCCAGGAGCACCAUCCGCAACAACAGCAGCACCCUGUGACCAGGCUUUUGCAUGGGCACGCUCUGGCGAAUGGUGCCAUGGAGCCGAGAAUUGAUAUUCAAGGUGUGCCUUGCAAACCGGGUGUGGCUGUGACUGCUGGUGCUGUGCAGAGUAACAAUCCGAAUAUCGGCGUGACUGGAACCGCUGGUGGAGUGGAAAUUUGAGCUCUGUAAAGAUAAAUAUUGUCUCGUGCGGAAAAUCUGCCUCGUUUUUCGCGCGGAUAUUCUGCGUACGAGUCUGAAAAUAAAAAUCGAAAUUGGCGAGUUUGAUGACCAGAUUUGCCGUAGUCCCGCAUGAAUCGAGAGUGAAUUGCGCGCAUUUCUAUUAAAUUUAGCGCAAUGCUUCGAAAAUGUGACGAAAAAUACCGGCUGAAUGUAGAACAGCAGUAAUGUAUAUCGUCAAAAUAUUGCCUCUGCCCGUGUGACUUGUAUAAUCCCGUGAAUGCCUGCAGGCAAACAUUUCUUGUGUAAGAAAGAUAACGGGAGAAAAAACAAAAAUGUUCACUUUUUCA